CUACAGAGUGGGCGUUCCACCCUGCGUCAUAGCGAGCGGAUAUAAUUUUCGACAUGCUGUAAGGAGCAAGUUUUGCUGCGCAAGCUAUUCAGUUUUCAUCCGCAUUCUCCAAAAUUAAUAGAGUAAUGAAUGGAUAAUCACAUCGAUUUAUAACCAGAACCUUUCCCCCCUCUUUAGCCUUCUAUACCCCUCCAUAUAUUUUCUGCAACAUCUUCCCUCAUCAAUCUUCUAUCUGUGUUUACCCUUACUUUCAACUUCUGUACACUCUGACGACAUCAUGGCCGAGACAAAGCACACCAGCAAGACUUAUACGCUCCCUUCGGGAGACAAGAUGCCCGCCAUCGGCUUGGGCACUUGGCAAUCAUCCAAGAAUCAGACGAGCGCAGCCGUCAAGGCCGCCCUCGACGCCGGUUACCGAUACAUCGACACAGCCCUUGCCUACGGCAACGAGAAUGAGGUAGGAGAGGGCGUCCGCGCUUCAGGUGUUCCUCGCGAGCAGAUCUGGAUCACCACGAAGCUCGACAACCCCUGGCACAAGCGGGUGGCCGAGGGCCUUGACACAUCUCUAAAGAGCCUAGGCAUGGAAUAUGUCGACCUAUAUCUCAUGCACUGGCCCAGUUCGACUCGUCCCGACGACCUCAAGAAGCACUACGACGACUGGAACUUCAUCGAUACGUGGCGUGAGAUGCAGAAGCUACUCGAUACGGGCAUGGUCCGCAACAUCGGCGUGUCCAACUUCGGUAUCACCAACCUCGAGAAGUUGUUGAACGACCCCUCUUGCAAGAUCAAACCAUCAGUCAACCAAAUCGAGCUUCACCCUAACAACCCGUCACCUAAGCUGGUGGCUUACUGCAAGGAGAAGGGCAUCCACUGCACCGGCUACUCGUGCCUCGGCAGCACCAACUCGCCACUCUACAAGGACCAGACACUGCUCGAGAUCGCCGAGAAGAAGGGCAAGACGCCACAACAGUGUCUGCUGCAGUGGGGCAUUCAGAACGGCUGGGACGUCAUUCCCAAGUCAGUCACCAAGGAGCGUAUCGAGGGUAACUUUGCCCUCGACGGCUGGUCUCUGACGGACGAGGAAGUUUCCAAGUUGUCGAACCUGAAGGACCGGUUCAAGGUUUGCAGCGACAACUGGCUGCCCGUUAAGGUCUUCUUUGGCGAUGACGAAUAAACUUGCGUACUAGAAUCGGCGCGAUCCGGGCUAUCAUUGGCAAGAGUAGAUAAAAAUAGACGAUAGACAGCUCAUGGUAGCUUAAUAGUAAUGCGACGUCGAGAGCCUAGUAUUCCGUCCCUUGGUGCGCGUGCCAAAGUCACGCGGGAUUCUUUCAUGUAGUGUGCCUAUUUUCUUAUCCU